CUCCCUCCAACAGCACAACACCACCAUCCCCAUCCGCAAACUUCUCUGGACUGACCUUCUUUCCAGUAACUGACGUCAAGUUCUCCCCCAGCUUCACCUCUCAGUCUGCCUCAACAACAAACCGUCAAAUUCACAGCCUUUACGAUUCUUGUCGCCUCGUCUCGCUUCCGACACAUCUCGUGGCGAUACCGGCACUCCCUCACUCGCCUGCUGUCUUGCCACGCUGUUUCAGGUUCGUUCAGUGCUUGCCCUUAAAAGAGAGAUCUAGCACCGCUCUUGCAUGGUUUGAGAAGUCAGAACGCGAGACGAAUUUUUUUUCAUCUCCAGACUCUUUGUACAGCACACUUUGUUUCCGCUGAGGAAAACUACUUUUACACUCAUCUUGUCAUUUACUCAUUUCCUUGAUUUCUCCUUUUUCUUUUCCCUUCCGACUUGUUACUUCUUGUCAAGCCCUAGGCCUGUACUGUUCGGCUCGAACAUAUAAUUAUCUGUUUCCCCAAAUCAAAGAGAGAAUCUUAACGAGAAGGAAAAGCAAGAGAAAAAAGAGAAAUAUUCUAUUAGGCUAAGGGCAGUUGCUGGGUGUUUGACGGUACCCUGAACAUUUUCCUCGUCACAACAGUUUUAACCCAUUUCUCUUUUUUCCUUACCCCAUCGUCCCUCCCUCGCAACAAACUGGUAUAAUUCCAACCAACAUUUUUUACUCUUCAAUCGUACCAAACAAAAAAAAAAAAAAGCGAAUAAUCCUAUUCUCUUAAACCGUCGCCUAGAUUCAUUGUGACGCUCGAUACAACCGGGUCACUAUCAACACUGGGAAAAACUUUAGCUCGCUUUUAUCCUCCUUUUCAUCUUUUUACGCCGUUUUCUCUCCAACAGAGGAUCUGGAAUCGCGGCGAUGUCCUCCUCUGUAUUUUUCAGAUUCAAGUCUCACAAGGAGUCAACACGAGUAACUUUUGACGGUACUGGCAUUUCGGUUUUUGAAUUGAAGAGACAGAUUAUCGUUCUCAACCGUCUUGGGGAUGGCACCGACUUUGAUUUCUCAAUUUAUAAUGCCGAUACAAAUGAAGAAUAUGACGAUGAUACUACUAUAAUUCCCCGUUCUACAUCUAUCAUUGCUGCCCGUCUCCCCCCCAGCAAGCCAGGGCGUGGAACUGCCCAACGCUAUGUCAGUGGAAAGGCGCCCGUGAAUGCUCUUCCUAAUGCUGGGCGCAGAGAGAAGAACUUUGGAAAUGGUGGCUCGGUUGUUAAAAAGAAUGGGAGUCCUCAGCCUACGAGCAGUGCUCCCGUUUUAACCGGAGGAGAAUCUGAAGAGGAAAAGAUUGCAGCGAUGUUUCAAGCUUCUAGUGAGCAGUGGAAUAAAACCCAGGAGCAGAUGGCAAAUGCUACUCCCAUUCAUCGUGGAAGCCAGGGUUUCAAAAAGAACAAUGCACCAGCUCCAGGACACCCACCACCAAAUGGGUAUAUUUGUUAUCGUUGCGGCGAGAAAGGUCAUUGGAUUCAACAGUGUCCCACAAAUGCUGAUCCCACUUUUGACGGACGCCCUCGCGUUAAGCGUACGACUGGUAUUCCCCGUAGUUUCCUCAAGACAGUUGAGAAGCCGCUUCCCCCAUCCGGGGAUGAUGAUAAUACCACUGCUCACUCUAACCCGACCUCGGUCAUGGUAAAUGCUGAUGGCGAAUAUGUUGUCGCUCAGCCUGAUCAGGCCUCAUGGGAGUCUUACCAGAAGAAGGCGGCAACUAAUUCAAAGGUUGCAGCACCAGUUGGUAGUAAGGAGUUGCAGGAUAAAGGAAUCGAGUGUCUAAUCUGUCAUAAACUUCUGCGUGAUGCAUCAAAGACCCCGUGCUGCGGGAAAGUGUACUGCGAAGAUUGUAUUCACACUACAUUGCUGGAGACCGACUUUGUCUGCCCGAAUUGUGAUGCAAAGGAAAUCCUCCUGGAUGCCAUUGUGCCUGAUGAAGAUAUCAGAAAGAAGGUAGAGGAAUACCUAAAGGAAAGGGAUGCCAAGGAAAAGGACCUGAAAGAGAGAGAGAAAUCCAAGAGCCCUUCUGUAUCAUCUUCUGCUGGUAAAGCAAAGGAACCUAGUGCCUCCCAACGCGGCGACGGGACACCCUCUGCUGCGCCCUCCCAUGGGAGAGCACCCCCGUCUGUUCAUGGUUCUAUGGCUGGGAAUUUUGGCCCUAAUCCGAGAAAGAGACAAGCAGAUGAAGAGUUCGAGCCUAGAAUCCCCCGUGGCCCGGCGGCCAUGAGAAAUAAUAAUAACCCUCAGCCCCAGCAGCCACCGCCCCAUCCAAUGCAACCCCUUCAACAGCAGAGUGGUGGAUAUAAUAACAAUGGCCGGAUGUUCAAUCCCCAACAGGUUUUCCAUCACCAGUUCCCAAAUCAAAAUACUCAUCAACCAACUCCCUUGCCUCCGUAUCAAUUCCAGGCCUUCAACCAGUAUCCUAGUGGCAUGAACGGCAUGGACAACAUGAACGCUAUGAACGGCAAUUACUAUCCUCAGAACGGUCACUAUGUUCCCAACGGGAUGGUGGGGAUGGGCGGAAUGGGUAUGAACGGCAUGAUGGGCGGUGGUAUGGGCGGUGGUAUGGGCGGUGGUAUGGGCGGUGGUAUGGGCGGUGGUAUGGGUGGCGGUAUGGGUGGGAUGGGUCCUCACAACCCAUACCAUAUGGGGAUGAACGGUGGUGGCGGCGGCGGGGCGGCCAUGAAUGUUAGCAACGGACACGGUGGAAAUCCAAUGAUCAACACGUCCUUCGCCCAGCAGUUCCAGCAUCAGCACCAGCAUCCUCCGGGUGAUCCACGCGCUAAGUUCGGGUACUUCCCCAACCAACAGAAGACCGUCUUCAGUGAGCCCUUCCCAAGUGAGGAGGACAGUCCUUAUAUGAGAAAACCGGUCAACCCGCACAGACAUUCCCGACCCAAACGAAUCCGCCCUUCAGACUUCAAGGCCCUUGGAGAAUAGCUGGGAAAGCCUGGAAAGCCUGGAAAGGAAAAGAAUGGAGGCAUAGCACUCCUUUGUAUAGAACGGUAGCCAUCCGUUUGUAUAAAAAAAAAACCACCCUACCACUUAAUGGGGCUAAAAUACCCCCCCCCUCCUGUACUCUUUUUUCUUUUUCUUUCUUUCUCUCCUUUUCUCUUUGCUCGACCCUCUUUUACCUUUACGACUUAUGAAGGCCGAUUUCACGAACAUCGCGGGAGCCUGAGAGGGACGGGAGCAUACAUUCUUUUUUGCGAAACAUCUCAGAGACUUACUCAUAAUGGGUUCUAGUGACAGCCUACAACGAGGCCGUGACGGAAGUUGUAUCGUGUUUUGAGCGGGGCGAGCAGUUUGGCCGGAUGGCCUGACGGGUCGGGAAUCGGCUGAAUGGGUUUUCUGGUGUUGUUCAAGGGUGUGGAAAUACGGAGUACGGCGUGCUGGCUUCUUUCUCUUUUCUUCUUCCACUUCUUUUUUUCUUCAUCUCGAUCAUCCUCAUCACCAUCAUUUUCAGCCAAAAAAAAAACUUUUUUUUUUCCUCCAUGCCUUUUUUUCUUCCACGUUUUAAACUUUGCUGGUGGACAAUAAAUGGAUUUUUUACCUUGUUUUGUUUUUUUGUCUGUCCCUUUUCCUUUCACCCCCCCUCUUAAUUCCCGGCUUCCUUUAGAGGUUGAUGGUCGACUUACAAUCUUCCUUCUUGUUUCAUUUACUGUUUUCUCUAUUUUCUUCCACUUCGGGGGUUUGCCCCCUAAAGUCAUGUAUAGUUCUGAGAAAAUUUAAAUUACUUGAAAUUAUUUCGCGGGCUUUUGCUAUCGUUUCUUCCUUACAAAGCCAGAGCCCUGCUAAUCGCGUGCCGUAUUGUUUCUGAUUUCAGAGCUAGCGAGUGAUGAGAUGGGCACUCUAUCGUUCAUGCGUCAUCACUCGUGGAGGCGAACUUCCAGUGAGAUCCUCUUUUUUUCUUUUUCCUUUUACACUGCACUAGAACGUAUUGUGCCGUGACUAUUUUUAUAACAAAAAUGUAUGCUAUACGUAGGAUAAAACAAUAAAAAAUUGUGCGAACUUGAAGUUGGUGUUCCUGUUACCCGA